AUGCCUCUUAGAGUCGAUCAACGAUACGACGUCUGCGACAAGGAAUAUCGCGUCACCGGCGCUGAGCACACAAUCGGUGUCAAUGCAGAAGCGGGCGUCGUGUACGCUAUCAAUCUCUCUUCUGCCGCUAAAGCUGCUCGUCGUCUUUGGAAACGCGCUGCUCUUAUGGAUGAACUCCCCGCUAUACACAGCGUCUCGGAUAUCGCAUGGGCCUUUUGGAACCGUGUGCACAGUGACGUGGAGAGCUUACAGAAUAUCAGAUAUCUAUUCGUUACGAUGAUAAUCAACAAAGAGACGAAUCAACACAUUGCACGUGCGUUGGGCACGCUGAAUCCACCGAAAGAGGAUGUGGAAGUUUGGCCGGGACAUGAUUUCGACAUGGAGACGGAUGCGGGGAAAGCCUUGCUGGGAAGCCCUGUUGGACGAUGGGCUGGGUACUUUCUGAUGCAACACAAGAGGCAGUUGGGUGGUAGCAAAUGGAUCUCCAAGGUUAGAGUGUUCAAGUCUGAGAAGGAGGGUAGUUGGCCAUACUUCUUAUUCUAUGUUGACAUUCCCCCCGCACCCGGGGUAAUGGUGGACAAAUCAAGGGUAACCGGUUCACUAAAUCGGUCCCUCCGCCUGAGAACCUCCGAUGCGCAAAGCUUCGAGUACGUCAAUCCAGUAAAAACUACAGCCACCGCGCAAGCCGUCACGACGUCCACCUUCACACACUACACACCCUUACGGCACACGCCAAAAGAGCCUCGCGAUUCAAUUCUCCACAAAAACAUAAUGGAUUCUCUAGGCGGCGGCAUCGCCAAUGCGGACCUGAGCAAGCUGUCCGAUCGCGACAAGCAGGAACUCCAGCAAUUCGCCAUGAACGAGGGACAGAAGGCUAGGAUUCAAUCUUGUAUGUUCUGGUUCCUCUUCCUCUUCACAUCACAUCACCCUGGGGUUACCUUUGGUUUCCAUCCUGUCUCGCAGCCCAGGGUUGCCUUUUCUCUUCUACACCCACUUUCCAGAUCAAGCGCGCGCGCCAUGUAA